UCUCCGUAUUCCUUUGAUAUUUUAUGCUUUCAACUUACAAAUUUCUUUUUUAAUUGCAACAGACAAACAACCAUAGUACAGAGUGGCCAGAUAAACCCCGAUACUGCCAUCACUUGAACUCAUCUUUGGCCAGGAGACGAGUGAGAGUCUGCGGCCUCAGUGGAGCCGGUGAUAAGGCAGACAGCGGCGAUGAUAUCUGACUGGGAAACCACACCAGCAGAGAAGCUUAUGAUUAAUUGUGCUGUGCUAGGAAGAUAAAUAUGGCUGUGUACAAACGCUUUAGGUUUUACUUGCCUCCAAGAAAGACACACGGGGAAGGAACCGAAAAAGCAAGAGAAGAAGACGUUAGCUAAAAUGAAGCACGAGUUUGAGGUGGCGAUGACCUGUGAGGGAUGCUCAGGUGCUGUGGCCAGAGUCCUCAACAAACUGGGAGAUGUGAAGUUUGAAAUCGACCUGCCUAAGAAACUGGUUUGGAUUGAGUCUGACAAAGACAUGGAAGUACUGUUGGAGACACUAAAGAAAUGUGGAAAGGAGGUCAAGUACAAUGGCACUAAAUGAAGGAAUCUGCCUCAUGUAGAACAGGGAAUCGCUGCUGCUGAUGCAAAGUGAAGAUUUAUACUGGAAUUAAAGUUCUCUUCCUGUCAGGAAAACUCGGAUGGACCUGCCCCCCCCAGAUACCAGCCCCACAGCUCAUACUCAUACCAUAUAAAAAUCCCAUGGAGGCAGGUCUUCUCUCACUGUUGUGAUUUAGAAGGCCAGAAUAUGUGACGGUCUCUAAUUUUGUUGGGUUUUUUUUCCCAAGUGAUGAAAGCAGAGCGGAUGAAGUUGUGGUUUUGUUUAUCCUCUAACAUUGUUCUAACAUUCUCCUCUAAUAAUCAUUCAACACACAUCAGUGCUUUAUAUUAAUUUACACACUUUCAUUUUGAGAGAAAGGUUUGCUUUUCUUUAAAUCACAGGCUUCCAUUUAUUGUCAUUGUUCAGUAUUUACAAAACUGGCAGUAAUACUUUGUGUUUUAUCUCUAUCUGUAAAGUAACAGACAAGGAGAAGGCAGGGAUACACAGUGACACCAUGCCCUGCAUGGUCUUGAAUAUAAAUUCCAGGUGUGAAAUGUAAAAGGACAACACGUGACCUGGGAUUUGUAGAAUGGAUUUCAUUUUCAUGUGCAGUAACUCUCCUGUUUGAUGAAUGGUCUCCUUAAAACUGCAAAGAGAAGAUCCUAGCAAAUGUCCUUUGACAUGACUGAAGUAAACUCCCCAGACUGCAGAGCAUGACUACAUAUUUCUGUCUCAACCUUGACUCAGUAUUAUUGAUUUUGUUGGAUUUGGUGUCAUUAAAAGUCUUGAGGCUCCAUGUGUACAUGUCUGUGGAUUCGCAUCAAGAGAGAAACUCAGUCUUCCCUUCAGGCACCAUCUGCUGGACUUGAAUUUGUAAAACUGCUUCCUCUUUGCUGUGUCACAGUUUACACUACAAUAAUCCAUGUUCAAGGAAAUCUUGUUUAUUCACAUUUAUAUCCUUAUUCAGUGUGCUAAAGAUGGCAGCUGGACUUGGUGAGGCUCCUAAAGAUGUUUCACUUCUCAUCCGAGUAGCUUCUUCAGUUGUGACCCACUGGUAGAACUGUAAGCGGUGUCGUAGACCACCCCUCGGUUUAAAGGGUGGCCCUACCAGCUUCCUUUGCACCUCUUUCAAACCAUCAGUCUUCUCUGGCCAAGAUGUGAAUGUUGCUAUCUACGUCCCUUAUCCUGGACCACUGAGUCUUGUCCCAAGGAGCUGGCUUGAAGAAACUUCCCGGAUGAGAAGUGAAAUGUCUUCAAGAACCUCAAUACAGCCCACUUGCCAAGAUUAUUACUUUGGAUAUAUCGUGGCCUGGUUGACUGAAGAUCUCAAUUGACAUACAGUAUACACUCGUUUUAUUAAAGUGGUACUGUGGGGAAAUGAUGGACAACCAUCUUCUGUUGUUUAUUAACAGAGCAAAUAAAAUCUGUGAUACCUCCACAGACUAUUUAUGGCUUUGUUUAGAUUAGGAACAGUAUUUAGACAUGGUACUGAUUAAUGAACUACUUCACAUAAUCACAAAGA